GCCGGCUGGUUGACUCUGGUGAGCUGCGUGUGAGACUGCAUGUAGGGUGUACGUGGAUACACAACAAAUGGCGACGAAGAUGAAAAUUUUGUUUUGAGAUAAUUUGUUUAGUUGAGUGCUUGCGAGAAUUUGGUAAACCAUGGCCUCUUCAGGGAAGGCCACCCUGGAGCAGUUUUCUGGCGGGGACUUUGCGGAGUACCGGGAACGGCUUGAGUUUUAUUUUCUCGCAAAUGACAUCGGUGUUGUUUCAGCCAGUGCAAACUCAUCGGAGAAAGAACGCGUACGUAAGAAGAUGAUUGCACAUCUAAUCUCUUCACUGUCGAAAGACGUCUACUCCACUUUGCGGAACCUCUGUCUGCCGGAGUCAAUAUCGGACAAGACCUUCGAGCAGAUUUGUGACCUACUGAAUGGAUAUUACAGAGUGGAGCGUUCCACGAUGACUUCUUCUUUUCAAUUUCGCGAUUGCAACCAGAGACCAGCGGAAAAGCUGGUAGAUUACGCAAAUCGUUUGAAACGUGCGGCAGUAGCCUGCGACUUUGGGUCGCAUUUAGACAGAUCCCUAAAAGAUCAAUUUAUGGCAGGAGUCUACAGUCAGGAGAUCAAGCGGACGAUUCUGACUAGUCCUGACAGCAAGACGAAGAAGUUUCAGGAUGUGCUGGAUAUCGCUUUACGGGAGGAGCGCGCCAUCAUGUUUGCUGAGCAGCUUACUCCAGGUACUACUACUAGUACUAGAUCAACAUCUACGCCGUCCGAGUCAGUCAACAAGAUGAGAGCUACCACUACCAGUAAAUCCAAGUCAGCAAGUGCAUCUAGAAAGCCAAAUCACUCGCAGGACCAGAAAGGGUCAAAGUCGACGAAGGGCAAGGUUUGUUAUCGUUGUACAUCUGAUUUGCAUAUGGCUGACAAGUGUCCUCAUCGAUCUACUACUUGUCGAUACUGCAAGAAACGAGGACAUCUCGAAAGAGCCUGCAUCACCAAGCAGAAACGAGGUGAAAUUCACCACGUGGAUGACGAACCUGAUGAUCGAGGUGAGAUCGUUUCUGAUUGUGAUGUUGAUGAUAUGCCUAUCUACAAGAUUCGAUCGGGUAGUGGAAAACACCCUCCGUAUACUGUAAUGGCGGAAAUCAAUGAUGUUUGUUCACCAAUUUGCAUGGAAAUCGAUACAGGUAGUGCUGUAUCCAUCAUCACCAAAUCUGAUUACGAGAAAUUGGGUGCACCAGUGUCGUCUCUUGUAACUCAAUCAGUCCAGCUCAUUGGGUUUUCCGGUUCCAUCAUCCCCUGUUUAGGUGAAGGGAAAUUUCCAGUGUCAAUAAAUGGGCAAAAGCACACUGUUCUCUUGCGCAUUGUCGAUACAAAUGGUCCAUCUCUGUUGGGCAGAGAUCUUCUCUCACUUUUCAAACUAGAAUGGAGGGAAAUAUUCUCGGUGAAGUCUGAAAUUGAUAAUGCUCUUAUACGCGCAAAGCUGCAGGAGGAAAUGCUUCAGAAAUUUGAGAGUUUGUUUGACACGUCAACUGUCGGCAAAUUAAAUUCAACUCAGGUCACUUUGCGUGUAAAUGAUUCAAAACCUGUGUACAUGAAGGCUCGUUCAGUACCAUUUGCAAUCCGGGAGAAAUACGAGCAAGGCCUCUCUAAACUGGAGGAGGAAGGUGUAAUACGCAAAGUUGAAUUUUCGAAAUGGGCUUCACCUACGGUUCCGGUUCAAAAACCAGACGGAAAUGUACGUAUCUGUGCUGAUUACUCGCGCACCAUCAAUGCUAAUUCGGAUUUAGAAAAAUAUCCGUUACCUACCAUAGACGAAAUUCGUGCCAAGUUGAAUGGUGGGCAGAAGUUUACGAAGCUUGAUUUAUCUCAGGCGUACCACCAGCUAGAGCUUGAUCCUAAGUCGAGGGGGUAUACUACAAUCAAUACCCACCGUGGUCUGUUUGAAUAUGUACGUCUACCGUUUGGCAUUCAUUCAGCAGUCUCCAUAUUUCAGCGUACUAUGGAGACUCUCCUGGCGGGUAUCGAUGGCUGCAUUGUGUAUGUAGAUGAUAUUCUAGUCACAGGUCGAAAUGAUGCAGAGCACAAAAGAAAUCUGGAAAUGGUUUUGCAGCGGCUACAAGAUGCGGGAAUGCGUUUGAAAGCCACGAAAACCGAGUUCAUGCUACCGCAAGUCUCGUACCUUGGUCAUACUUUGAGUGCGAGUGGUAUGGCGCCUUCGCCAGGAAGAAUCGAUGCUAUGGUUAAUGCCAAUGCUCCUACGUCCGUCAGUGAGCUUCAAUCGUUUAUUGGGUCUGCGAAUUAUGUUCGCAAAUUCAUACCCAAUUUUGCUCGGAUUAUGGCGCCACUUUACGCUCUGCUAAAGAAAGAUACUGUUUGGAGAUGGUCAGAUUCUGAACAGACAGCGUUCCUUACGAUAAAGAAUGCUUUAUGUUCCACGGAGGUUUUGGCGCACUAUUCGGCGGGUCUGGAGCAUGUCUUGCAAUGCGACGCAUCAGGAACGGGUCUUGGUGCGGUUCUUUUACAGAAAAACGAAAAUGGUGAUUACCAACCCAUUUCGUAUGCGUCUCGUCUGUUGAAUAAAGCGGAGAGAAACUAUUCAAAUAUUGAACGGGAGUCACUCGCUCUUGUGUUUGGUGCAACCAAAUUUCGCCAAUAUCUCCUGGGAAAGAAAUUUGUCCUUGAAACUGAUCACAAACCUCUGGUGAAAUUGUUCGGCAUGCAGGAAGGUGUUCCGUUCCUGGUUUCUUCCAGAUUAAAGAAAUGGAAGUUAUUACUUUCAGCGUAUGACUACACCAUCCAACACAUUGCGGGAAAGGCAAAUGUUCUGGCAGAUUUCAUGUCUAGAAAACCAAUUUCUGGAAAUCCUUCUACCCCGGAACUAGGUGAAACACGUGUACUUUUCAUUGAGGACGAGCUCAUUGAUGCUCAAGUUGUAUUGAAUGCCACUGGAGAUGAUCCAGUUCUAGAGCGUGUUCGUCACUACACUUUGAAUGGUUGGCCAGAGCAUGUGAAAGAGGUGGAGUUACAGCCGUACUUUGUAAAGCGCUGGGAACUAUCUAUUGUAAAUGAUGUAUUACUCUGGAAUGAACGAGUGGUAAUCCCCAUGGCUUUGCGCGCGAUGCUCUUGAGUGAAUUGCACUCGGAACACACAGGCGCUGUACGAAUGAAACGUAUGGCACGUCGAUAUUUCUGGUGGCCAAAGAUGGAUGACGAAAUUGAAGAUACCACCAAAAUGUGCGCUACGUGUCAAGAACAGGCACGCAAACCUAGUAAAUCCUAUGCUACCUGGUCAUGGCCGUCGGGUCCAUGGCGUCGUCUGCACAUAGACUUUGCGGGUCCAUUCAUGGGCAAAAUGUUUCUGGUGAUUGUCGAUGCGUAUACGAAAUAUCUGGAAAUUGUCCCGAUGACACAUGCCACAUCAACGGGUACUAUCAAAGCUUUGAGACGUUUGUUUGCCACAUUCGGUCUACCCACUCACAUCGUUAGUGAUAAUGGGACCCAGUUCACUAGUGCUGAAUUUACCUCGUUUCUCCAGAAAAAUGGAAUCGCACACACUCGUUCAGCUCCCGGCCAUCCGGAGACAAACGGUCUCGCUGAGCGAUAUGUCGGUCAUUUUAAAGCUAAAAUGAAAGCAAUGGGAACAGAAGGUGACGACCUAGAUACACGACUACAACGAUUUCUAAUGACAUUUCGGUCAACUCCUACGGCGAAUGGUAAAUCACCGGCAGAAAUGCUAUUUAAUCGCCAACCACGACUACGUUAUGAUGCUUUGAAAACAACACGGAAUGCGGAGGCACAAUCUUUCAAUCAAAACCAGCAUUUGCUACCAGAAUACAAACCGGGUGAUGCUGUGUUUGCGUUACGUUUUCAAAACCAUGGUACAACCUGGGUCCCUGGUGUUGUUCUCUCUAUCUGCAGUGCUAUGAAUUACUCUGUCCAGGUAAAUGAUGUGGUCUGGAAACGACACCGUAACCAACUCCGGUCACGUUCAAUACCACUUUCUCAGUUAGCAGAACAGACACGUUCUGCACCACAGCAGCAACAACUCCAGCCGCAGCAGCAACAACUCCAGCCGCAGCAGCAACAACUCCAGCCGCAGCAGCAGCAGCAACAACAACUGUCACCACAACAGCAACAGCCUCAGCCGCAGCAGCAGCAGGUGCCACAGCAGUUGCCGCCUCAGAAGGCUCAACAGCCGACGACUUCACAGCAGAAAGAGCAGCCCAUGCAACAGUCGCAGGAUGAGCAGGGUCAACAGUCGUUAGCUUCUACAGCCCCAGCUGAUGCUGUACCUGUUGACCGGCAGGUGACUCGAUCUGGUCGGUCAGUCGUAAGACCAGCUCGGUAUAACGGAUGAGACAUUUUAUACAUGUAGGAUAUGUAAUUAUUAUAUUAUUUGCAUGGAUUGAUUGAGAUGAUCGUGAAUGCAUGUACGUGGUUCUCUUGUUGCAUUUGUAUAUAUCAGUAUAAUGCUCUGUAUAGUACAUACCACACAUAGAACAUUGAACUUUGAUAAUUGGCACGUCAGACGAUGGUACAUUAUUACAUUGUCUGUUCUAUGCUAUUGUUCCUUGUCAUGAAAAUGUUUUGUUUUCGGUGUUACCUCUUUUUGCGAGGGGGAUAUUGUUAUAUAUGCACUCUGAUGUAAUAUAUUAUGUACUCUGUAUGCAUUUGUAUAUACUCAUUGCGCAUGCUCUGAAUCAUGGUCUUACUCUACAUGUA